UCUAUUUGUCUAGCAGAAUGUGAGUGUAAUUGCUGUGAAUUAAAUAAGGAUGCAGUUGUGGCUGGAGCAGGACCUCGCCUGACGGAGAGCACGGGAAGUUGUUUCCCCGUGCUGGCGGGGAGGGGCGGCUGCUGCCGGCCUGGAGCCGGGGGGAUUUUGGGGAUUUCUGUGCCUCACCGUGUCCCCUGCCCAGCCCUUCCCUCCUCUGUCCUGGCUGGUCUGACUGGAGUGGACGUGCUGACGGGAGCCAGGCAGCCUAGAGUCUGGCGCAAGCACCGCGGCAGGAGCUGGGCUGAACACAAGGGUAACCAGGAAGCCACGGCUCCGCCGGACGCGAUGGCUCAGCCCUACCCCCCAGCCCAGUACCCCCCGCCCCCCCAGAACGGGAUCCCCGCAGAGUACGCACCGCCGCACCCCCACCCCACGCAGGACUACUCGGGGCAAAGCACAGUACCGGAGCACGCCAUGACCCUCUACACACCAGCACAGAGCCACGCCGAGCAGCCGGGCACCGACGCCAGCACACAGUCCAUAGCAGGGACGCAGACGGUACCGCAGACAGACGAGGCGGCACAGACAGACAGCCAGCAGCUACACUCCACAGACAACACAGAGAAGCAGCAGCCCAAGAGGUUACACGUCUCCAACAUCCCCUUCCGGUUCCGGGACCCCGACCUGCGGCAAAUGUUCGGGCAAUUUGGGAAGAUCCUGGAUGUGGAGAUCAUUUUCAAUGAGAGGGGCUCCAAGGGUUUUGGGUUUGUAACUUUUGAAACUAGCACAGAUGCCGACCGGGCACGGGAGAAGCUGAAUGGCACCAUCGUAGAGGGCCGGAAGAUUGAGGUGAACAACGCCACGGCCCGUGUCAUGACCAACAAGAAAGCAGCCAACCCCUACACCAACGGCUGGAAGCUGAACCCGGUGGUGGGAGCAGUCUAUGGCCCCGAGUUCUACGCAGUAACGGGGUUCCCAUACCCUGCCACGGGGACGGCUGUGGCCUACCGAGGGGCACACUUACGGGGCAGAGGACGAGCUGUCUACAACACCUUCCGAGCUGCGCCGCCACCGCCGCCCAUCCCCACCUAUGGCGCGGUCGUCUACCAGGACGGGUUCUACGGAGCCGAGAUCUACGGGGGCUAUGCUGCCUACAGAUACGCCCAGCCUGCAGCAGCAGCAGCAGCAUACAGCGACAGUUACGGCAGAGUGUACGCCGCGGCAGACCCGUACCACCACACCAUCGGCCCCACUGCCACAUACAGCAUUGGCACCAUGGCUAGUCUAUACCGAGGAGGGUACAGCCGCUUCACUCCCUACUAGCAAGACAGACCCAGCCCCUCCCACCACUAACCCUGAGCGCUCACUAGCACCAAACCAGGCAGACAGAGCCCGGCCGGGCCUCCGGAGGGACCGCGGGGCUGCAGGGGCUGGGCUCUGCUGGGCUCCACGGAGCCUUGGCAGCCCAGGCUGUGGGGUUCCCUUGAGCUGCUCCGUCCCACCGCCCACAUCUCCUGCACCACCCACCUUCCCCGGUGCAAUCCUGCGCCUUGGUGCUGCUGAGCACUGCAGGGCCCUGGGUGGCUCCUGCCCCCAGCAUCUCUGGGACCCUCAGCCCAAGCCCCCAGCGGGUGCUGCCCUUGUCUUGGGGUGCAGAGGGCUCAUCCCCCCAUGAUGCAGGAGGGGAUGCUCUGCCCACAGGCACGGGGCCAUGGUGCCAACAGCAGCCCCUGUGCCCCUGAUAGGAGAUACAGCAGCCAAUGAGGGCUGCAGUGUGCUCCUCAGGGACAAAACCAAGCUGGGGGGUGUGGGACCCCUGGGACAGCCCAUCCCCCAGACAGUAGCACUUCUCCAAGGUGUCUGUGCUACAGUGGUGAGACAAUGGGACAGGUUACCCAGGGAAGCUGUGACUGCCCCAGGUGUCCAAGGCCAGGUUGGGUGGGGCUUGGAGCAACGUGGUCUAGUGGGAAGUGUCCCUGCCCAUGGCAGGGGGUUGGACUGGAUGGUCUUUAAAGGCCCUUUCACACCCAAACUAGCCUGUGAGUCUGUGAUUUUAUGCUCUGUGGAAGAGCUGUGGUGUGGCAGGUGGCUGUGCAGGGGCGCGGGGCUGGGGGGCCUGGGCUGGUGCCCACAUCCCUCCCGGCCAACAGCUCGGUCAGGCUGCCUCUCACACUGCUCCAGCAAAAGACCUGCCUCUUUGUUUCUG